AUGAUGCAUCCAGCAGAGGAACUGGAAAAUAUUGCUAAAAGACAUGGUUUCCAAGUCUCAGAAGAACAGUUUGCCAAACAUAUGGAUAGUGUAGACCCCAUUGCCCACCUCCGACAUGAGUUUCAUUAUCCUAAAAUGUCUGAUUAUGCAUUUGAGAGUCAGAUAAAACUGCAUGGCUUUGAUCCAGCAUCUUCUAUUGUCCUCAUCAACCCAAGGGAGGGGGAGACAACUUUAAGAACAGAGGAUAUCCUGGCCAAGAUUGAAGAGGAAGGCCAGACAGUGGCUCUAAUCUGUUUAUCUGGUGUCCAGUAUUACACAGGACAGUAUUUUGAUAUCCCUACUAUUACCAAAGCUGGUCAUAAACAGGCUGGCAGUAGGAACAUAUCUGGACAACUUCAAGGAUGGAUAAUGGCCUCAUUCGCUGGGGGACAGUUUAUCAUCUUUCCAGUCUUUGGCAAAUAUGUUACAAAAAUCGGGUCUAAAUUUAUGUAUUUGUCUGGUAUAUUUAUUGCUGGAGGAUGUACAGUUCUUAUGGGGUUUGUAUUUGUUGAUCUUUGA